AUGUCAAGUAUGAGCACUGUAGUGGGAGAAUCGUCAAUGAUUACAGAAGUUCCAAUUGAAAUUGAAGGUGCUCUGGUUGAUGGUGAACCUGAAAAGUCCCCCAUAAUUUGUUUAGAUGGAUGUGACUUCCCUGAUAGUGACGUUGAGUUGCCUGACUUAUUUUUUGAGACUGGUAUUAGAUAUAUUGAUGUUGAGGAGAAUAUUGGUGUUAAUUAUGUAGAUAGUGAUGAAUUGAAUAGCAUAGAUAGUUCUGAAGAUGAAAGGGGUAAACCGAAAUGGCCAGAGUUUAAUGAGAAAAUCGACAUGCAAAGAAAAAUUCAUUUGGAGGUUGGGAUGAAGUUUGCAAAUUUUAAGGUUUAUAGAAAAGCAUUGCAAGAGUAUUGUAUUGAAAAUGGGAUCGAUUUCUCUUACAUUUACAAUGAAUCUAAGAGGAUUACAGUAGAGUGUAAGAACAAAUGUGGAUGGAAGAUACAUGCUUCACCUACACAAGAGAGAGAUGCAUUCCAAAUCAAGACAUUCUAUAAAAAAGAUCACGAUUGUGGUUGGGUUAGAAGCAACACUAAAGUAAGUGCAUCAUGGCUGUCUAGUAAGUACAUGGACAACAUUCGUGAUCAACCAGAUUGGAAAAACACCGCUUUUAUCAAUCAGGUACAUAGAGAUCAUAAUGUGCAUGUGUCAAAGUCCAAAGCUUAUAGAGCCAAAAGAAUGGCCAUUGAUCGUAUCGAGGGUACUAAUUUGGAGCAAUUUUCCAAAGUAUGGAAAUAUUGUGCUGCAAUUAGACAAUUUAGUCCUGGUAGUACAACUAUUGUCCAAUCAGAGCACAUGGUCUUCCAAAGGAUGUAUAUCAGCCUUGAUGUGUGCAAGAAGGGUUUUAUAGAUGCAUGUAGGCCAAUUAUGUGUGUGGAUGGUUGCUUCUUAAAAAGUCGUUUUGGGGGCAAAUUAUUAUGUGCGGUUGGAAAAUAUGGAAAUGAGAAUAUGUACCCUAUUGCAUUUGCAGUUGUCGAGGCUGAAACAAGAGAUAGUUGGCAAUGGUUCAUGCAACUUCUCUUGAAUGAUAUUGGCACUUUUGAAGAAAAGGGUUGGGUGAUAAUGUCUGAUAGGCAAAAAGGAUUGAAUGACGUGCUUAAAACAUACAAUUGUGAAUAUAGGUUCUGUGUUCGACAUUUAUAUAACAAUUUCAAAUUGCAAUACAAAGGAAAAAGUCUCAAAGAUGAGUUAUGGAAUGCUGCACGAUCCACUACUAUACACGAGUUUGAGAAGCACAUGAGAAAUAUUAAGACUCUUGACUCAUCUGCUGAAAAAUGGUUAAGAGAUAUUGAAGCAUCAUCAUGGAGCAAGCAUGCAUUUAAUCCACGAACUAGGUGUGAUAUAUUGCAAAAUAACAUUGCUGAAACAUUUAAUUCGUUUAUCUUGGAGGCAAGAGAUAAACCAAUCCUCACAAUGUGUGAAACCAUAAGAAGAAUGCUAAUGAAAAGAUUCAUUGCAAAGAAGGAAGGGAUGAGACAAUAUACAGGUCCAAUUUGUCCACGUAUACAAACAAAGUUAGAAAAGGCCAAAAAGCAGUCAACAGAGUGGAUCGUUUAUUGGACUGGAGAUGACAGAUUCGAGGUAGAGAAUGCAUGGCAAACUCGAAGAGUAGUUCAUCUUAGUGAGAAAAAAUGUGAUUGUAAGCAAUGGGAUCUUACUGGGAUACCUUGUGCACAUCCUGUGGCAAGUAUAUAUAGGAUACAUUUGAUUCCAGAAGACUUUGUGGAUCCUUAUUACUUUAAGGAUACGUUCGAAAGGGCUUAUGCUCAUAUUAUUCACCCCAUACCAAGUGAAGAACAUUGGCCUGAAACAAACCAAACACCACUAUUUCCACCAAAAUAUAAGAAUGCGCCUGGGAGACCAAAGAAAGCUAGGAAAAAGGCUGCUGACGAGCCAAUAAACCCUUACCGAGUUAGCAGAAAAGGUCAAUCUCUUAAGUGUGGUAAUUGUGGUGCAUGGGGCCAUAAUGCUCGCAGUUGUAAAGGCGCGCUAAAUUCUGACCGAAGAAUAAGGAAUAAAAAACAACCCCAAAGAAGAGGUGGGGGAACUAGUGGACCAAGUAUACAGGUGAAUGUGACAAAUGGAAGCCAGUCAGUUCAAUGA